AUGAACAGAAGGCAAGAGAGUCUCGUUUCGCUGUCAUGCUCUGAUAAGUAAGUUGUGAAAUAUGAGUCUAAGCUAAAUUCAACUCAAUUUUGACCAUUUCGGAGAAACAAGGCGAGCGUUUGUGAUCAACGGAAAACUACGGAAAUCGCACUAUAGUAACACAAGGUAUACGAGCAAUUUAGAUUUAAAUUAAAUUUUAAGCGUUAAGUUAAUACAUUUCAUUACGUGUUUAAAUAAUAUUUUAUUUGAAAGUCUCAUUUUGUAAUGAUCAAUAAUGGCCAAUAUUGUCUUCCAGAGUCGGGAACACGGAUACCCUGAUACGGAUUGAAGGUUAUAAAGAAACUGUGCGCAAAACUAUACCAUAAUACCUUCCUGAAGUGAUUAUAUUAUAGCUGCUAUAUACACGAGACAGUACAGUACUGUGCUGUGCUAAUGAAGGUGGAAACUUCCUUUUUCACUUUUUUUCCCCACUUUUUCGCUAAUCCUCUAUAUAUUUGAAGGUGGUCUGAGACAGACAGUGACAGUAAGGAAGCAAUAGUAAUGCGUUGGGUGUCGAGUGGAAACCAAAUGUUAACACGGUAAGUGCAGUGCAUGCAUUUAUGUUGUCCUGUUCAUAUCGUUGUCUUGAUUGAUAGUGGCUGUGCUUCCUUUGCUAUCACUUGCGUAAGUUUCUCAUAGACUCUCAUCCCUUAGAUCUUCGUGAUAUUUUUCAAUUGCCAAAGUCGAAUUUAUUGACUUCUGACUUUACACUUCUGACAUAAACAUCACAAAAUGGUCAAUAUUUAUAUUUAGACCACGCAGACUCACGUACUAAACUGCUAACCAAUGGCAAUGAUGCUUCAACAGUAUCACAUUCCAAAAUGAAUGAAACAUUUUCCCCUUUUUUCGAAGGUCCAACUGUCCAUAUUCUACUUUCCAGAAUAGAAAUAUUGCGGAAUCCUAAACUGGAUCCUAACUUGGAUCUUAACUCGUAUCUCAACUCGAUAAUUAGGCAUCCUCUAUUUUUUAGUUGGUAUAAGCACUAUAAAUUAUUGUUAAGGCAAUUAAGACAGAAGUACUUCCCAAAAAGAUUGUUAUUUAUGAUUGAUCAUCUUGUUCACUGUAGUGCACUAUCGCGCAAAGACACGCAAGAAGGAAAUAAAAUGAGAUCAUCAUAUGCAGAACUGAAACCAACUCCAUGUAAUCCUAGGAUAGCCAAGUUGAAGGUAAGAUUGAUAAGAAUAUACCUGCAUGUAACUAUUAAUUCCCAUAUUAACAUAAUAACACGAGAAUAAGACUUUUGCCUUAAUAGCUAGUCUCGAGAAAUUCGAAUAGUGAUCAAAUUCAAUUUUACCUGUGAUUUUCAUGUGCAUUCUCAUCAAUUAUCAUUAUACAUAGGUGCAUUCUUGUGCACUUUUUUGUUAUUUUUACUUGGACUAAAAUGUUGAUGGGAAUUAUCAUGCAGUAAUUCACUAAUUGUAACGGGCUUUUUGAACCACUCAGUUGCUGUGAGUGUUGCUUCCUUGUGUCGCUUCCUCCUUGCAUAGAAACAACUUUGAUUAACGAAAUUACUUGCAAUGAUGAUUGUACUCACAACAAAGAAACUACUCUUCACACAACUAUUGCUCUCAUUUACUCCACUGGUUUCGAAAAUAAUUUCCAUUCGAUAAGCUAGAUAAUUUUUUCGGUUUCCAACCCUGACCUCCCUACCAGAAAUUUGUCCUGUCUCACUGUGAAGAGGUUUAAGUGUAUUAUUGUUAUUUAAGACUUGCUCUUGAAAUUUUCAAUCCUGACCAAAACUUAGAAGAAAACCAUGUGAAAUAUUUGCGUUUACCAGUUAAGGAAGUUGAUUUCACUUAACCCUAUGCCAUACAGGUUCAUGUAUAUUGCAUACUGAAACAUUAAAUCGUGUAUAUUCCAUACAGGAGAGACUGGAAGAAAAACAAAAACUGCUAUAUCAACUGGAAAAACAAGAAAAAGAUUUUCUUGGCAUCGAUAACCAAAACAAAGGUACCGACUCAUAACUUCAUACCAGUAACCCGGCGAUUCGAGAUCGAUCUAAACUAGACCACCUUGAUUGGAGUUCUCAGAUCGGUUCAGGGGUUACAACCGAGCUAUAGCAUUUCCCCCCGCUUAUUGACGGUAGUUAUAUUUCAGUUGAUUCAUUCAAGUUUUUGUGCAAGUGUGAUCACUCGGCCAGAAGGUGUUGAAGGAACCGGCCUCGAAUCUGUUUGAGAUCGCUCUAAGUUAGAUCGUUCUCAAAGUGGACAAAGUGUGACGACCCCUUUAUUUGCUUUGUUCUGCAUAGAAUUUACUUGGAAUAUUAGCGUUGUUAAAUUACGUCACACUGCAGACAUGCAAUGCCUGGACCACAGGCACCACUCGGUAAUCUACUAAUGUUCAUCAUUAUCAUCAACGAUUGGUUUUUGUGAUCGGCUCAAAUACGAUAACAAUUAGUGCACAAUUAACUCUGUAACGUACAUGCCACUCAAGCGUCAUCGACAAAUAUGUCCGUGAAAUUGAUAUUAAUGGCGCUCUCUUGAUUCAAUCGGUAAUUCGCUGCAGUCGUUCAUCACGACACUUGCAAAUUUUCAAAUUAUAGAUUCAUUUUUGUUCAUUCCUUUAUUUUAGAUAGUAGCAUAUUUAGAAUUGAAUAUGAAGCCACAACUUGUAAAGAUUAUUACUUGGUACCAGGCUAUCCAGAGUCUUUUAUCCCUGCUGGAAAAUCUGUGACUAUAUUUGGUCAACUUCGCAAUAAACGAUGGAGAUGUGUUGUAGAGAACGGCGAUCAUCUUAAUAAUAACACUGAAAAAUCUUCCAAAGAAUUUCCUAAUGUAUUACCUUGUGAAAAAGCGGACAUUGAAAAACCUUGUGAUAUGAUCCAAGGUGACAAACAGUAUGUUUGUUACUAUCCACUUAUUGGAAGUAUUCCAUCAAGUAUCAUAACUGAACUCAACGACGAACCAAAUGAUGAAACAACAUCUGAAGCUGAAGAGUCGAACAUGGAUACAGAGACAGAAGAUAAUAACGCAGACAAGGAGCAUACAAACUCAUCCUUGUGUAAAUGUGGCCGGCAUCUACCGCCAAGUCGAAAUUCAAGACUCCAAUCCUGCUCUUUCGGCCAAUAUUGUACUAUGCCUAGUCCUGUUAAAACAAUCACAGCCCGCGAACAUCUGGAAUAUGUAAAUUUUCAAAGAUUCCCAUCCGUGUCUUCUGUACCACUUCCCACUUUAUCAGAGUCCCCUACGGAGUCAACUAUUGCCGAGUUGAAUAUGGCUUUAGAAAGUCUUGCAAAGAUUACUCCACGUUCUCGACCUGUUCAGUCACGACGAUCAGACUGUAAUCGUAAUUCGUGGACAGUUCGUUUUUAG